GAGAGUCUGGUCAGAUUGCUAUUUGAAUUUUGUGACCGGUAGAGGGCGCUGAAAAAUGUAAACAAAUAUGGCAACUCCAGUAAAAGAAACUGACAGAAUUCGCUUUCCAGACAGUGACAGGUGUGUUUCUUGUUGUUUAGAAAACAAACAAAGGUACUACAUAAUCCGAAAAGAUAAGAACAAGGGUCCUGCUUUUGAAAUUGUAUGUUACUGUUACAAGAACAAUCUCUGUAUCGAAGAAAAUGUUGGGACAUAUGUGUGUUCGCCUUGUUAUAAACUGCUGCUACGAAUAAAAGACAUGGACUGCAGACGGUCACAAUUAUAUGACAAAGUUAUGAUGUCGUCACAAACAUUUAUUAAAGUCAUAUCUGUGAAAAAACGAAGUAUGGCCAUAGGAACACCUGGAACACCAAGACAAUCUAAGUUUCCUGACAAGAGAGCUACUCCAGAUCAAGGAUCCCUAGAAAAGCAGUCUAGACAACAAACAGUAAUUAGAAAGCCAUCAACAAGAUCAUUGUUUUUAACUCCAUCAAAAAAAGCCUCGAGCUCAUUCACAGAGGAUCUCGCUGUUCCAUUUUCACCUGGGCCUCAAAGUAGUAACCAACAAAAGAGAAUCAAAUCUUCAUCACUUUCGGUUAAGAAAACCCUGAAACAUACAGUGUCAUUUCGAUCUUCAAAACUCUGUGAACAGAUGCUUCCAAUUGUAAAAUCAUUAGCAAAUGGAAGCUUCAAAAAGGCUUUAUCAUUACUUGUAAAUUCUUCAGACCAUGCAACCAAAGAAAAUGCAAAGAAGGCAGUUAAGAAGUUAAUUGAACAGGAAUGCUGUGUCUUUUCAAAACAAACAAAUGAAUUUGAAGUACAUUUACAGAAACGGGAAACUAGAGAUUUGGAAAACUUCAACAUGAAAGAAAUUCAAAAGGAUUUUGAAAGUCAUGCACCCAUGUUAUGGGCAUGUGCAACCCAAGCAGCAACCUCUGGUUAUAGCAAGACAUUCGAUCAGGUUAAGGUUUGUGCAGCUUUGUGUGUUCUUUUGCAGGGACGUUCAAAAAUGCUUAACUCUCUUCAACAUGUUGUUGCCAUAACAAUGUACAACAACCAAUUACAGAAAGAUGGCUUUUCGGUGCUUGCAAAGCUGGGUUUUUCUGUAACCCAUACAACCUUGAAUGAAAAGUUGAACACAGCGAAAAAACUAAAUGAGCAAGUAAUGAAAACCUAUCAGAGGAGGUUAGCAGACACUAUUGCUGCUAAAAGUAUUGUGGAUAGGGUGAGCACUGAACACUCUUAUGCAGGAGGAUUAGAUCAACCCUCAGUCAUAGAUGAACAUUCCUAUUCAACCAUCUACCAUUCAGAAUUUCAACAACAUGGUGAACCCCUAGGCUACAGAUUUAACCUCGACAACCUGGACUUUCAUAUAAAAGUCAGGGAAAUGACACAGGAACAUCAAAAUGUGUCGAGGCAUUUUACUCAAAUCAUGUCUGUUGUAGAUAGAGUGAGCUGUGAGGGUUUCACAGAUGAGCCUGUCGGAAAUUUGAUGGAGGUUGAAAACAGCGAAUUUCUUCCUACUGCUGAGGACAAUUACACUCUUAGAAAAGACAUGAUACAGGUUGUAUCCAACAUUCUGAUCGAACAUCUGUCAUCCUUCAAAAUCUUUGAAAAUAUUUGUCCUAAACAAUUCCAACAUGCUUAUUCAGCAGAAAUGUCGAAGAAAUCUAUUGUGAAUCAGCAGUGUUUUGUUGGGAUACUUCUUGCAUUCAAUUAGAAACAUACAGUGAUACCACUUGGAAUUCUGCUAAAGAAUGAAAACAAAACCAAUGAUAUGAUAGAGAUCCUUGAGCACUUACAACAGUAUGUCCCUGGAGCCAGAACUGAAUUGGAAGAGAUUCAAGAAAGAGAAGAAACAAAUCCUAAGAUGCAAGCAAUUCCAGUUGGAGGUGACCAAUUGACGUGUGAGCGAAUUAGAGGUGCACAUAUGGCUCGUCUUGAUGGAGAUACACAAGAGGAAAGAUUGGAGGGUUUGAUAACUAUGGUGGAAGAUUUUCAUGAGAAAAUAAAUUUCCUGCAGGCAAUGAUGGACCGGUUCUACAAACCAGGAAGUGCACGAGAAACAGGCACAUUGUAUCAACUAAGGAAUGUCAUAAAUAGAAGAAAUGUCACAAAAAAUGUGAGUGCAGAUUAUCAUGCAGUUGGAUCUUUUAUUGACCUAGUGACAAGUGCUCAUGUUAUUGCAGCAGCUCUGAAAGCAUUUGGAAUGGAUAGCAUUGAGGAUCCCUGUCCAAAAGUCCCACUGUUCACAGAAUCUGCUGAUGAAGGAUCCAAAAAGAGGUUGUUAGAUAAGAUUGUUGGGGAAAUAGUGGACACAUUCUUCUUGAACAGCUUGACAGUAACAGUCAAUAGGAUUGAGGAUGAUGAAACUGCCAUUGAAGGGCCAAUAGUUGAUGAUGGAGUGUACAAUUAUGCCACCAAUGUCACAAAAUAUGGGCUUCUCAGGAAAAUCUAUGUUCUAGCUACUAGAAAUGGGGAUGGUAUUCGACAGAUAAGACACUGGAAGUAUGGUCUAUUAGUAUAUGACCUUUCACACAAGAUUAAGUACAGACUUGAAUCUUUCUUGCUUUUAGCAGGUGUGAAUGCACUUUUCACAGAGAAGCAAAGACAUCAGAUAAUUUGGAAUCGGUUUGUCAAUUUGUCUGGAGGAAAAGACAAGAAUCUGGAUGGGGAUUAUGUCAUGGAACUGCUUAACAAGUAUGCAAAGGGUCGUGUUAAAUUACUUGGACCAAAUCAAACUCCAGAGAUUGUUGACCGCAUAGGUAAAACAAUGAUGUUCUGCCACAAUGUCAAUGAGAAAUUGGAAAGAGAAAUUGGUGUUCAUCCAGCAGGAAUACACCAUGCACAAAGAGACAAAACACAAGAUAUAAAGGCUGUUGUGAACCAACUGAAGAAUGCAAAUGUGUUUUCAGUCAUAAGAGGUAGGCAACAUGACUCUUUCCAAGAACAGUUUGAUAUGUUCCAAAAUGUCAACUCGCAUGCCUUACACAAAUGGUUAAAUGUCAAGAAGCAGGAGUAUUCAAAUGGAAAGUAUGCAUUUUAG